UUGAAAAAGACAGCGGAGUUUGACGACAUCCGCGUCGCCAAGCUGCGGGCGCGCUGCAGCCUGGCGCCCCCUCUGAUCCAGGUGAAGGCGGUUGGCCUCUCAGACGUCAAGAUCCCGCCGAGGGCCGCUGGCGCGGGCGGGGCGCCCAAGGGCCCGCCGACGGCUGCUGGCGAUUCGGAGGGCGCGCGCGCGGACGAGGGCCCCGAGGACGCAGUUACUGUUGUGGAGGCCAUCGAUGCUGAUACAUCAGAUGUGGGCGUUCUUUUUUCAGAUGUAGCUUCCGACAUGGACGACGCGCUAGACGAGGAUGGGCCUGAGGUUGACCUCGCGGGCGAGGGUUGCCCGCCCGAGCUUGCGCCAGAACCCGACGACGUUCCUGGCGUCGUCGACCGUGCACCUCGCGGAACCCACGCUGCAUGGAAGAACGCCUUCUUUACUCUCACCGGGAACAUGGGGUGGCCAAAUGCAAAGAUGAUCCUCCUGGGCAAAUGGGCCACUGGUCAUUUGGGCGGCAAGGGCAAAUCUAAAACGCUCACGAUUGCGCAAUUCGAUGGGCCAGAGCACCCCCCCAACCACGCGGCGCCAGAGAUGACGCACCUCGCACUGCGGGCCUGGAUG